UCUCCGCUCCCAACUGAAUCUGUUCUCUCCCUGGAUCCCAUUGGGGAGGGACAGAGCCACCGCCAGGAUUAAUAGCCUCCCCACCCAACUUAAUUAAGCCGGGGGAGGUCAAGGCAAAGACAACGCCCUUCAGCGGAGGGGUGGGGUGGUGCUGAGUGAGUGAGGUCCCGGCAACUCAUCCCAUAUGCCAAUGUAUCACUGAAGUGCCGCUAACUGCCUGCGCUCAUACACGGAGGUCCCGGAUGCUCCUGGGGUUCGGCUCUUGGGCUAAAGCGCUCGGUGUUGUAGUAGAAACUUACAGGGAGCUGUCCGCCUUGCCUAGUGCUGAACCGGCCGCCCUGGGAGCUGCCCGCCCUGUGCCCGGAGUGUCGGCAGCGGCUGCUGAUCGCGGCUGAUCGCUCUUCCCUGCGGCUGCGGUACUAGGAGCGGUACAAGGAGCUGUAUAAGGAGCUGUAUAAGGAGCUGUACAAGGAGCUGUAUAAGGAGCUGGUUCAGGAGCUGGUAAGGAGCGGUACAAGGAGCUGGUUAAGGAGCUGGUUAAGGAGCUGUAUAAGGAGCUGGUUAAGGAGCGGUACAAGGAGCUGGUUAAGGAGCUGGUUAAGGAGCUGGUUAAGGAGCUGGUAAGGAGCGGUACAAGGAGCUGGUUAAGGAGCUGGUAAGGAGCGGUACAAGGAGCUGGUUAAGGAGCUGUAUAAGGAGCUGUCCGCUCUGCCUAGUGCUGAACCCCAGUGAAGUCUAUGGGAGCUCUCCGCCCUGCCCAGCGCUUGGGAUUGUACAUACUGUGCGCCUAAUUCUCUGCUGCAGUACAGGGCAUGUCCGAACCGGCUCUGACUCAAGUCCCCGGAUCUCCCCGCUAAGCUCAGAGCCGAAUCUUGGGCCGGAGGUCUCAGCGCCUUGUGCCGUACGGUGCGGCUGCCGCGGAACAGCUCCCACCCCUAGCACAUUGCUCCACCGUGGGACGGGACAGAGGAAGUUACGCAGCCCCGGAUCAUGCCGACAGAUAAAAGCCGUGCUUGUGAUUGAAAGUGAUGGCUGGAGGAUUUAGCCCUCAGUAUUAAGUUGGAGAGGCAGGCAGCGCAGCAGAGAUUUACUAAAGCCUUCUCCCAUCUGCUCCGGAGCCGCACGGUGCGGCCAACUGAUCCUUCCAGUUCAAACAGGAAAAAAAAAAAUAAAAAAAUCAGCAACUGAAAGAAGAAAAAAGGAUUGAAAAGGGGGGAAAAAAGUUUACUUCAUUCUCCGCAAUUUAAUGGGGACUUAAGUGCCCCCUCCCGUUGGUUUUCGCAUCUUACAGCUGAAUUCAUCUGGAUCAUUAAAGGAGGAAAUCCCCCCCAACCCAGAGAAAGCUGGGAAAGCAGAGGAGAAGCAGGGAGGAGGCUGAGGGUCCCGGCACUGAGCCCGGCACUGAGCCCCUACAUACCGGGUAGGUUAGGCCCAGAGCAUUCCUGUGCCGCCCAACAGUGCCCAUUGAUGCCAACAACCGAGUAAGAUCCCUAGAACCACACUGCUCAUCCUCAGCACCCAAGGAAUAUCUUGUAUUUAUGGACAUUUACUUCUGGGAAUCAAGUCUAAACAGGGAGUGGAUUGUUCUUCUCUGCGACAGCUGAACAUCCAGUUUAUAUGUUUGUGGGGGUAAGGCUCAAAGACUUGGGUUCAGCAUGACUAGACUUUACCUGUUGCCUUUCUAACUGCUCCCGCCUUCUCAGGAUCAUCCCAUUUGGCGGCCAGAAGUGAAUGAUCCAUUGUUCAGCGAAGGGAAACAAGAGACUUUGGAAAUGUUCUCUCAUUUUUAGGAGCGCCCUGUGCCGACAAAGAAAUAACUGUACCUGCCAAAUGUUUCCAUCCUUCUCUACAGAGGACGACCUCCAUUGUUCCUAUACUUGUAGAUGAGGCCUUUCCAUGCUGAUCCUGGCAGUAGGACCUAAGCCCCCCAAAGCUUCCCCUCCAGGGCACAUAGCCUUCUCCUCUUCUGGAGGAACUUGGUAUUGGCGCCCGCUACCAUGUUGCACGUGGCUGCUAUUCUCCUGCACUGCCUCCCUCUGGCAUUGGGACAGUAUGACAUCUGUAAAUCCUGGGUGACAUCAGACGAGGGUCCAUCAUGGGAGUUUUAUGCUUGCCAACCAAAGCCCAUGAUCAUGAAAGAGUACACUAUGGUCAAAGUAGACCCACCUGGGAUAACGUGUGGAAAUCCCCCUGAGCGCUUCUGCACACAUGAAAACCCAUACCUCUGUAGCGAUGAAUGUGAUGCUUCCAAUCCAGACCUGGCUCACCCUCCAAGCCUGAUGUUUGAUAAGGAAAAAGAAGGUCUGGCAACUUACUGGCAAAGUGUCACAUGGAAGAGAUAUCCUGAGCCGCUAGUGGCUAACAUCACAUUGUCAUGGAACAAGAGCCUUGAGCUAACCGAUGACAUUGUUGUGACUUUUGAAUACGGACGCCCUACGGCCAUGAUGUUGGAGAAGUCACUAGACUAUGGGAGGACUUGGCACCCAUAUCAGUAUUACGCAGAUGACUGUAUGGAAGCCUUUGGCAUGCCACCGAGGAAAGUCAGGGACCUGGCAGCUUCUAGUGCCAACCGUGUGCUGUGCACUGAAGAAUACUCCCGCUGGGCGGGCUCCAAGAAGGAGAAGGAUGUUCGCUUUGAGGUUCGAGAUCGGUUUGCCAUCUUUGCCGGACCAGAUCUCAGAAAGAUGGAGAACUUGUACUUACGCAUGGAAAGUGCUAAGGGGCUAAAGGACUUCUUCACCCUCACUGACCUACGGCUCCGGCUUCUACGCCCAGCUCUUGGGGGAACUUACGUGCAACGGGAAAACUUGUACAAGUAUUUUUAUGCCAUCUCCAACUUCGAAGUGGUAGCCAGGUGUAAGUGCAACCUUCAUGCCAACGCGUGCAACUUCCGCGAUGGAGCCUUGCAGUGCGAGUGCGAACACAAUACCACGGGGCAAGACUGCGGGAGAUGUAAAAAGAACUUCCGGAGCAAGUCUUGGCGUUCUGGUUCCUAUACCCCGACACCCAAUGGAUCACCAAAUGCAUGUGCAGCGGCUGGUACCGCCUUUGGCACAGUGGAUCCCAUACUUGAAAGGACAGAUCUGCCUAUUAUUCCCGAGUACACGGAAAAUAAAAGAGUUGUCCAGAUGUCACUGACCCCUCCGGUGUUGGAUCAAAAGCCCAAGUUGCCGGAAAAAAUCCAAGCGGCGCCUCCCGUACUCAGGGAAUUGGCUGUGACACCAGCUUCAGGCAAGAAGCAGACCAAGACAGUUCCAUCUCCUGUAAAUAGACAAAUGACCACCACUCCGGCUUCAAGCAAGAAGCAGACCAAGACAGCUGCUCCUUCUAUAAGCAGAGAAUUGCCUCUCCCACCGGCCUCUGGCAAGAAGCACACCAAGACAGCUGCACCAAAGAGCUCCAUUCCCCUGGAGCCUUCUACUGUCAAAGUCAGCGAAACACUGGGCAAGAGUGUAACAGAUUGUGAGUGUUAUGGGCACUCCAACCGCUGCAGUUACAUCGACUUCUUGAAUGUGGUGACGUGCGUCAGCUGCAAACACAACACCCGCGGUCAACAUUGCCAGCACUGUCGACUAGGGUACUAUCGGAAUGUCUCAGCCGAGCUAGACGAUGAGAAUGUCUGCAUAGAAUGUAACUGUAACCAGCUGGGCUCUCUGCACGACCGAUGCAAUGAAACCGGCUACUGCGAGUGCAGGAAAGGAUCUAUCAGCCCCAAGUGUGACGAAUGCCUGCCGGGGUACCACUGGAGGCAAGGGUGCCAACCCAACGUCUGCGACGAGGAACUCCUGAUUUGCCAGAACGGAGGUACCUGCCACCAAGGACAGCGAUGUAUAUGUCCAACUGGCUUCAAAGGAGCCUUGUGUCAGGACGUCAAAUGCGAUUCCAGCCACAGGAACUGUGACUCCUCCUCCGGCAUGUUGGCCGGCUCUUUCUUUCUCCUCGUUUGCACACUGAUGCUAAGCAUGGUGGACAUUUAAAUCCGUAAAAAUGUGGCUGGAUAAGAACACUGCAGGAGGUGUGUCAACGUGUCAGAUAAGCCCCUGUUAUGGAGAACCAUAGGGGUGGUGUUUGAUAGUAACCCAGCUUCUGCAGUGCCUUAUUGCCUUUUCACACAAGACAUCUGAAAAGCUUUCAUAAGCCCAGUGAUGUCUUUGAAGACCAUGAGCAGAAGAUGCAAUCAGGGUGGUCUACGGUGAACGAUUUGCUCUCCCCAUGAGGAUGGUAUUAUGGUCACCUUAUCGGAGACUGGACUGGCUCGGGGGGGAAAUCUCUAACCACAAUUUUGGGCUUUUGCCAGAUGGCAAUAGACAUGUUCACCAGCCUGAUCCGUACUGAAUUUAGAAAGGUGGUUGUCACUUUAAUCUCUUCCUAUAGUAGACACCUGGUAGGGGGAUAUUAUCACUGAGGAACACAGAGAAUGUUGACACUUUUUCUUUUUAAAGGGGUCACCCAUAUAUUUUAAAAGAGGACACUUAACCUCAGCUUGUUGAAACUGGACCCCGUGCCAAAAGAACAUUAAAAAAAUCCCCGAGGACUUUCAAAUAGAUAGACGUAUAAGAUGCAAAAGGUUUCCACUUCAGAAUUCCGACCACAUAACAACAGAAGGCGUAUGAAUCUAAUUUUUGGCUCUGACUGUUUGCGGUUUCCUUGUGUAAUGAAAAUUGCCCGUCUGUUCCAACGGACCCAAUUCCAGCUUUUAUUUAAGCUUUUUUGAAAAUUUGCAGUCCCAUUUAUCAAGUCCAUUGUUUUCUGCCAUGAAGAUUGUGUCACCACCUCAUCGACCACUCGUUUUCUUGGUACCAAAAAAAAAUGAAGGACUUCUGACUUCUGAUACAUCCAUUUUGAAGACUUUUGAAACACAGGAAUACAAAUGUGACAAAUCAUUUCCACUGUGACAUUAUGACUAAUUACUUUGCUGUUAAAAGACAUGGCGACCAAGGCAGUUUGAGCGUUACUAUGGCAGCGAUUACAUCAAACUGGCAUUGGCUGGAAGUACCACAAGUAGACUUGGUCUGUAAUUAUAACAUGGAAACAAUGCAUAGUAGAGUAUUAGGGCAAUGGCACGUUAAGAUUUAGGACACUUGAGGCCCCAGGUUUUAGUAGCUCGGGGGGUGGUGCAAAAACAUUCAGCAUUUCUCCUCCCACUUCUCAUGCAAGUGCCUGUUGCUUGGCAUAAAAAGGUGGCUAUACACAUUAAGAUCUGCUCGCUAGGCGAGGUCGCCAAGUGAGCGAAUCUUCUCCUGAUAUCCCCACCUACGGGCGGGCGAUAUCGGGCGAAUUUAGGCUAAUUCGGUCAAACAAUCAAACUAUAACGAUGGCAAUGGGUGCUGUCAGUUCGGGUCCGCAUCAACGAGCCGAUGCGACUAAAUUUUUUAACCUGCCAGAUCGAUAUCUUGACAAUUUCAGGCCAGAUAUCGGUCGGGCAGGCCCGUCGUUGCUGCCCCUACACGGGCCGAUAAGCUUCCGAAUCGGUCUAAGGGACCCAUAUCGGCAGCUACAAUCGGCCCAUGUAUGGCCACCUUAAGGGUUUGCAUGAAGUCUUUUUGGCGACUGCCACAGCAGAUGAGGGUCAUUUUCGAACCAUAUCCUGAGCUACUGAAAAACAUUAUCAGUCCCUGCCCCAGCAGAUUUACAAUUGCAUUCAAACACAAUAGGGUCAGUUUUAUCAGGCGCCACUUAUCCUACCUGUAUGUUUUGGAGUGUGGGAGGGUUCCAGAGAACCCAAAGGAAACCCACGUAAAUACAGCAAAAACAGCCCUGGCUGGAUUCGAACCUAGUACCCAAAGCACAAAAGUUGCCCCAUGUUCCACAGUCCUUAAGAAGGGCCGUAGGUGGCACUUCCUUGUAUCGUCAGUGGGACGUAACCACUAGUAGCGAUCAAAAUGCCUUGAAUAUAAUACGCCCAUCCAAGAAACAAAGAAAUGAUGUGGGACUGCCUCACUCCGACACAAAUCUCAAAUAUAAAUAUACAGAUAUACCAGAAAGGCAAAGUGCAAAAUGAAUAAAGCUAUAAAUAUAUUGUAUAUUGAAAGAUUUUUUUUUUGUAGAGAACUAUUUUUGUUUCAAUGUUCUAUAAAUGAGAGAGAGAGAGAGAGAAGGCUUUAUCUUACACACAUGUGGAAAAUAUCCAAAGUAAAGCAGUUGUGUAUUAACACUAA